AGGAGAUGGUCAUUGUUCAUUUGGCGAGUUAAGAUGCAAGCCACGACGGGUCGCGACAUGGACCUGCAAGAACGGGUGUCGUACAUCCAAUCCAAGGGAGGGGACGACGACAAAGAGUACGACGCGGUCAAGACCCCUGGCGAGUUGGAAGACGGCGCGCUCGUGGCCGGCGGGGCGUUGAACCUGUUCUCCCGCGAAGCGUUCGGUCUGUUUUCGCAGUACGCGGCCAUUGGUGUCAUCUACGGCAUGAUUCCGUCGCUCAACUACCCCAUCUUCAACGUGUACCUGCAACUGGAAGGGUACCAGACGUCGUCGUACGGGACGUUGGUGACGUUGGGGUGGUCGUUCAAGGUGUUUAUGGGGAUGUUCUCCGACUGCUUUCCCAUCUUCGGGUACCGCCGCAAGUCGUGGAUGUUGAUUGGGUGGACGGCCACGAUGAUCUGUUUGUCCAUCAUGACGUUUUCAUCGUUGGGCGACCCGUACUGCAACCGCGAGAAGGCGGCGUUGAUGAAGUCCAAGGCCUGCACCAAGCCGUUCUCGAACGCGACGGAGAAGGAGAAGGAGCUGUUCAACUUGCUCGCGCCGGACAGCGGGUCGUUGUUUAUCAUUCUGUCCAUGUUUGUGUCGCUGGGGUACGUCACGGCGGCGUGUGCGUCGGAUGCGAUGGUGUGUGAAUACGCCCAGCGCGAGCCCGUGGCCAUUCGCGGUCGCGUGCAGACGGCGAUUUACGUUGUGCGCACGUUGGCGAGCAUCUUGGCGUUGAUCGUGACUGGGUUUGGCUUGAACGGCGUCAACUACAAUGGGUCGUUUGGGUUCUCGAUGGCGCCCAACGUCCCGUACGGGAUCUGCUUGGUGCCUUGCGUGAUCGUGGUGCUCACGACGAUCUUUGUCGUGCAAGAGAAGAAGACCCCUGGCGUGCCAUUCUCCGAGUGGGUGGGCAACUUCUGGGAGCUGCUCCAGAAGCGUGUCAUGUGGCAGAUUUGCGCGUUCCGGUUCAUCAACAACAUGUUCCAGAACAUCAGCUCCACGGCCGGCAGUCCCAUGUCGAGCAUCUGGGCCGGCGUCGAGCCCUUGAACGACUCGUUGUCGGGCAUCAUCGGAAACGCCAUCUUUUCCGGCAUCUUGGUCGUCGUGGCCAAGUGGGGGUUGCACUGGAACUGGCGGUGGACCAUCGCGCUCGGCUCGCUCGGCGUCAUGUUUAUUGACGGGAUCGUCAUCUACUUGACCAUCUGGGACGUCGUGCGCAACCAGUGGUUCUUCACGGGCGUGGCGUUGGCCGACAACAUCCCCGGCGGUAUCCGCUUUGUCGUGUCCACGUUUUGCGCCGUCGAGAUCGCCGACGUCGGCAACGAAGGCGCCACGUACGGCUUGGUCACGACCGUGUCCAACUUGGCGUCUCCGUUCGCGUCCGUGAUCACCAAGUACAUCAACUCGUACUUGAAGUUGUCCCAGAACGACAUCAUGUCGGACACGCUCGCAGUGCGGUGGGACGUCACGUACUCGUACUUGAUCUCGUACGGAAGCAAGCUGUUCGCGUUGACGUGGCUGUGGAUGCUGCCGCCCCAGCGCGGUCCCAUGCAAGAGUUGAAGAAGAAGGGCGGCAAGAGCAAGUUGGCCGGCAUCGUUUUGAUCACCAUCUUCUUUUCGUGCAUCUCGUUCUCGGUCACGUCCAGCAUCAUGGCCAUCUACCCGUCGACCAAGUGCUACCGUAUCGCAGGCGGCAACGGCAAGUUGGACCCUGCCACGGGCGGAUGCCCCCUUGUCAAGAGCCGCAAGGGUUAGACUCCAAACUGUGUUGUGUAACGUAAGUUUAUAGUGUUG